UCUUUGUUAAGCAUUAUUAGCCAUGACUGUGCCUUAACCUGAAUCUGAUUUCUUGACAGAUGAUUCUGGAGCAUCUAGUGUUCCUGUGCUUAACUCAGGGUGUACUCCCAUGAGCCCAACCAAGAGAAAACACCAUGAAAACUCUCUGAAUCAUCAAAAAGACUCUGAUGAAGAACAGAUGAACAAAAUGAGAUGCUUAUUAGGAUCACAUCUGAGAAAUUCGAAUGGAGACACUAGAAAUCAGGAGUUAUGGAAUUAUAGUCACACAUCUCUGUGUGGUCUUCAUAACCAUCAUGUAUUUGCACCUUUCCCCAUUUUUGCGGUGGAUCAACCCCUUGAGAUGACCAAACACAGCUUGGAUCCUACUAGGAGCAUGCUUCUAAUUCCUGGAUCCAGCACAAGUCACCAGCAGAAUCGUCCAUCGGUAAUCACCUGUGCUCCUGCCAGCAACCACCCUUGCAGUCUGUCCAGUUGCCACAUGUCCCCUAAUAGCUGCGCAUCUGGAUCCACCAAGACCAAAGCAAACACUGUGUGUGACCCUGUGAUUGAGGAGCAUUUCCGCCGCAGUCUUGGGAAGAUCUAUAAGGAGCCAGCGCCUGUCUCUAACUCAGUGAGCAUCACAGACUCAGUUGAUGACCACUUCACUAAAGCACUGGGGGAUGCCUGGUUACAGAUCAAAGCCAAAGGCAAUGGUGGUACAACACCAAAUCAUGAGAGUCAAUGAUAAACUAAACCACAAACAUAAACCCUGUGAGGUUAGCUCACUACAGAAGUUUACUUAAGAAGACCAGAAGCAUUCAGCAUUUUUCAUGUGAAAUAUUCUCAUGCGAAUUCAGUUUGAUCUUAUUGAAGCAUGCAUGACCAGGGGUUGAGAUUUUUUUUUCUUCAGAAUAAAGAUGCAUAUCAAAAUAGUGAAGAUAAGUAAACAGACAGAACAAAGAAACAAAUGUCAAACAAAUAAAAUAAACACUGCUUAAAGUUUCUGUGGUAGGUCUAGCUAACAGUAGUGUUAAAGUAAUAAAUACUACAAAAUUAGAAUAAUAUAAUGUUAAAAACUGUAUAAUCUCUACUCUAGGGGUUAAUCAUAGAUUCAUUAUUAAAGCUUUAAAAGUGACUCUAAAGUUCAAUAACACUAAAGACUGCAUUUUGACAUGUUUGUAUGUAUUUGACCAGUUAGAUAUGCACCUGAAUUAAGUAUACAUACAUUGCUUGUCUGUGCGAUAAAUUGAGUACUACGUUGAGUUUUUUUUACAUCUUAUUGAGCUAUAAAUAAAAAAACGUCAUGCUAUUUAUAUUAUUCAUAUGUAUGCACAGAACCUGUGCUCUUCCCAGGUUCUGUGCAUGACUUUAAAACUGUAAUAGACUGUAUCUGUUUUUGAUUUUCAUUAUGCUCUUCACUCAGAUUAUCUUUAUUUUUGUCGUUGACAUUAUCAAGAUAAGCAACUGCUGGGACAGUGUGUUCGAUAUUUUUCUAACCCUUUUCAUGAGAUGUGUAAGCAAUGAUCAACAAAACUAAAUCUAGCAUAGUGUUAAUAUUAAUGUAAGUGUUACUAAUUCAGAUGCUGUGGGAGUUACUGUAAAUUUGGAAUCUGUCUCUUUGGAUUGCCAUAAUCCUUCUUUGUAAUCCACUUUUAUGGAAAGUCAUGGGAACGCAAUAGUGGACUUUUUUAUUUGUUGUUGGAACAACAACAUUAAAUAAUUUGUUAUUGUUUCCCAUGUAGGUUUACCCAGCUACAAUUAACUACCAUGCUGUGGAAAUGUAAAAAGGGUCCAUACGUGACUAAAUGAUUAUGUGAACACUUACUGAUUUGCAUAUACCAAUACCAAUGAAUAUAUUUAAUUAAAUUGCACGUUGACCUGAACAUGAGUAUCCACUGUCUCUAUGUUCCAGCGUAUUGCCUUCAGUGAGUUGUUUGUCAUUGUUUUUUUAUUAUUAUUAUUAGUCGACUUUUUGUAACCAGAACUAAAUUUAAAUUAGGUAGGUGUUUGUGUGUGGUGUCAUAAUGCAGGAUACAUACUAAAUGAUUUAAUUUCCUUAUCUUUUAUCUUUUUUUCCCUCUGUUCAAGUUUCAGAAUGUAAAAUAUGACAAUCAUUACGCUGUGCGUGAUGAAUAAAUAUAUAGUUACUCAUAGUUAAACUAUCUGCCAUUAACUGUUGCAGUAUGCUCUUCUUUCUUCCUUGUAAUGUGCCUGGUGAAUAUUAAUUUAGAUGUAAUACAUGCAAAUAAGUUGAGCCAUCUUACUAUGCUAAACUGAAAGCUGUUUAGUGGUGAAUUGAACAAAGUCUCAUGAGUGUCCCGUUUGACAUGGGUAAAGCAUUUUUAUGGAAUUUUAAAAAUAACUAAAUGAAAUGGUAAUAUAACUAAUUUUGAAAUGACGGUGGCUGUGCCGUUACAUUCAAGUGCUGUACUUCUUUGGGGGAAAAAAGGAAAGAAAAGAAAAAGAAAAACUAUAAAUGUAAUUUGAUUUGUAACUUUGUAACUUUAUUUUUUCUUAAAAUGACCAUUUUCGUAUUUUUUUAUACAUCAAAUAAAGUCACCUCAA